GGCGAGUUGCGUCCGUCACGUCACAGCUGUAUGGAGGAGCGCUCAGGGCCUCAGACACGCUUCACUCGAAGAAAAGUUAGAACGGGACAAACUGCAGGAAACGACCUCUGUUACGAGCUACAUAUUGUUCAUUUAACGGAUUAUCUGAACAGAAACAAAUGCUUUAAAAUAUCCCACUGUUAAACAUGAGGUUUACGAAGCUGUCUCUGUUCUGUGAAUUGGGAAUCAUAUGCCUUGUGCUGAUCAACGCAGGGUGGUGCGCCGUUUUUGAGAGGAAAGUAUGCCAGGGAACCAAUUUUAAGCUGGCUCCUCUGGGUCAUCCGGACGAUCACUACAGAGCCAUGGUGCGCAUGUACAGUAACUGUACAGUAGUGUUAGAGAACCUGGAGAUCACCUAUGUUCAGGAGUACCACGACCUGUCCUUCCUUAAGAGCAUUGAAGAAGUCCGCGGCUACGUGCUAAUUGGAGUAAACAACAUCGAUGUGAUACCCUUGGAAAACCUUCGGCUCAUUCGAGGACAUUCUCUCUUUGAGGACAGAUACGCCCUCAAUGUAUUGUUAAACAACAACAGAAAUGAGUCCUCAAAAAACACCAACGGCCUCAGAGAGCUGCGUUUGAGAAGUCUCACAGAAAUUCUUAAAGGUGGAGUUAAAAUAGUCCACAAUCCUUUUCUUUGCAAUGUGGAGACCAUACAGUGGUUGGACAUUGUGGAGCACGGCAGCUAUGUGCACGUGUCACGAGAAAUUGGUGCUCAGUGCAGACCGUGUGAUUCAGGCUGCUAUAGUGGAUCAUGUUGGGCUCCAGGACCGGAGAACUGCCAGACCUUGACGCGGCUGAGCUGUGCUGAGCAGUGCUCGCGGAGGUGUAAGGGCCCCAAACCCAUCGACUGCUGCAAUGAACAUUGCGCUGCCGGCUGCACUGGACCCCAGCCCACAGACUGCCUGGCCUGCAGAGAUUUCCAAGACGAUGGGGCAUGCAAGGACUCAUGUCCACCUCUAAUGCUGUAUGAUCCCAUUAACUACCAACUCGUUCCCAAUCCUAACGGGAAGUACAGCUUCGGAGACACCUGUGUGAAGCAGUGCCCUCAUAACUUUGUAGUGACUGAUAAUGCCUGUGUCCGAUCCUGUGGCAGUAACAUGCAAGAAGUGGAAGAAAACGGCAUCAUAACGUGCAAAAAAUGCGAAGGCUUGUGCCCAAAAGUGUGUAAUGGUCUCGGGACAGGAGAGCUUGUAAACACCAUUGCAGUCAAUGCAACCAACAUCGAUUCAUUCAUCAACUGCACUAAAAUAAACGGGCACAUUACAAUAAUGCAGAUGACUUUUAAAGGGGAUGUUCACACAAAUACUCCAAGCAUGGACCCUGCCAAACUUGACUAUUUCAAGACGGUGAAGGAAAUUUCAGGCUAUCUAUUGAUCAGAGACUGGCCAAAACACCUCAAAUCCCUCAGUGCCUUUGAGAACCUGGAGAUCAUCAGAGGAAGAACCAAACUACAAAGCACCAUCGGUUUUGCAGCUCUGAAUAUUCCUCACCUGGAGCAUCUGGGUUUGCGUUCACUGAAGGAGAUCAGUGACGGAGAUGUGGUGGUUAGGAACAAUCCUCAGCUGUGUUACACAGACGGCAGCUACUGGACGAAGCUCUUCAGAUCUGAGCAACAGCGCAUACGCACUGGAAACAACGCAGCACCGCACAUCUGUGUACAGCAGAACAGCACCUGUGACAGUAUGUGUGGAGAUGAAGGCUGUUGGGGUCCGGGGCCGUCCAUGUGUGUGUUCUGUCAGCACGUCAGCCGUAGGGGAUGCUGUGUCAGUCACUGCAACCUGCUGAACGGAGACCCUCGAGAGUACAUGUCAGAUAAUGUGUGUUUGGCUUGUGACCCACAAUGCAAGGCUCUGAACGGGACGGCAAGUUGUCAUGGGCCGGGUGCUGAUCAGUGUACAGAGUGUGCUCACUUUAAAGAUGGGACACACUGCGUGGCACAAUGUGCGCACAAAGUGCAAGGCCCUAAUAACAGACUAGUCUGGAUGUACCCAGACAAAAGCAGACAGUGCCAGCCAUGCCAUGCUAACUGUACACACGGGUGUAGUGGACCAGGACUGCAUGGCUGUGAACCGAAAGGAUCUUGCCUUUGCCCUGUGGAUCAAUCAGCAAAUGAUAACGAGCAGCUUUCGUCAUGAUGAUGCCGUUCUGAAUGGACAGGUCAUCAUUGGGGAGACCCUGCAGGUUCCAUUCUAUCAUCAUCAAAUUCUCAUCAAAUUCAGGUUCUGCAGGGAAAACCAUUGUAUACGAUGUAAAAGCUGUAAAAACAAGCUUGAAUAUAUGACUGAUUUUGGUGACACUUCACUUGAAGAGGUCAUAAACAUGAUUGACAUCAGUGCAUAAUAAUUGUCCUAAAUAUUUUUCACUUCUUCACUGGAACAAGCUAUAUUUUUCAUUCAAAUGUCUCAUUAAAGGGGUCAUUACUCUGUUGAAUCAUUUCUUUAGAGUUCCAUUAAUAUUUAAUGACAUUGAUGAAAAAUGUAGCACUGUAAUCGGAGGUAAAAAAAGUAAAUAAA